UGUUCUGUAUUUCUAACAGUUUAAUAGAGACUUAUAGCAAGAUCAACCAACCAUCAUCUGCAUCGACUCUCCCUUUACAAAUAAACCUCAGAAGCCAUGUCUAAGAAACGGACCCUCGACGCCUUCUUUAUACCCACGUCAAAAAGAUCCCGUAAUGAGGAGGAAAAUCUCGGCGGGCAACCGCAAGAGGAGGUUGGUUGCUCAGAGCAUCAACAUUACCCCCAUUCAAUUCACAACUUCCCUUCUUCCAUCCACAAAGAGCUAUCAACACUACCCACCAAGACCGGCAGGAAAAUAAAUGACCAACCCGACUUGGAUCUUCUCUACUUCCAGCCCUUCAUUCCAAGCUCAGUUUCUCGAAAGCUCUUUGAAUUUCUGCGCACUGAACUGCCCUUCUACAGAGUAGAGUACAUGAUCAAGCGGGGCGGCAUAGAGACCCAGGUACGGACACCAAGAUGGACCACGGUCUUUGGGCUUGACGAAACAUCCAGGUUCGAUGAUGAAGGUCAUGUUGUGGAUGUCAACCUUAGAACGAGGGUUUCGGACAAGUGUUACGACAAGUAUCCGCCCCGACCCAUCCCACAAUGCCUUGAUGAGUUGCGCAAAUGCACCGAGGCGGCAACGGGCUGCAAAUUCAACUUCUGCCUGGUGAACUAUUACGCCUCCGGCUCCGACAGCAUCGCCUUCCACAGUGACGACGAGCAGUUCUUGGAACAGGAGCCUGCUAUUGCCUCCUUCUCGCUAGGAUCGCGGCGUGACUUUCUAAUGAAGCACAAACCUGUCCCACCAGGCAGCACAGGCUCACUUGCUGCUGAUGCGAAGCCGUUGAAACUCCCACUGGGAAGUGGAGAUAUGCUAUUAAUGAGGGGAAAGACACAAUCCAACUGGCUGCAUUCGAUACCGAAACGAACAGGCAAGAACCAGGAAGACGGUGGAAGAAUAAACAUCACUUUCAGGAGGGCCAUGAUUAAAGGUGGUACAGAAAAUUACUAUAACUACAAUGUGGGAACUGGAUCAGUGUACAGAUGGAAUAAGGAAGUUCGUGAAAUGACGGUAUGGAAACCUUGAGGGUAUAGAUGAGAAAUGGACCUUUCACGGUGAGAAAAAAAAAGAUUUACAUCAAAGAAACAUGCCUAUUUUCCCUUGCGCAUCUGAGCUUUCCCGAAAUGUUGCAGGGCCUUGAGGAACACCUGGUAUCCCACCCUUUCAUUGUCUUGAAGGCAGAAAAUCUCCGUCAACCGGAUCUGCCAGGGCGGGUAUCCUGAUAACUCAAGAUAAGGGCCGAAGGUGAUCAGGAGCUCGGGCUCGGUCAUGAUACCCUCUGACAGCUCAGCGUCAAUCAGCUCGGUCGAGAUGUCUCGAGGAGAGAGCUUCCCC